GGCAGUCAUAGCGCUGUUUGGCUGUAGGGAGGUGGAACUGGCAAACCCGAGGAGGCUCUAGCGAGGGCUGGAACAGUGCGCCACCGGGCCGGAGAGGGGCCUCGGAGUUAGGAGACAGCCAGGUAGUGCAUCUGUUAUGCCCCUGGGAACGUGACCGCUCCGGGACCGAGGCAGGACCUGGCCGGACCCAGCCGGGGAGCCUCGUCUUGGUCGGGCCUCUUUUCCAGCAGCCGGUUAGGCCUCAGCAGAGCCUCUUUCUGUGUGGCAUCUAGCCUCUGUCCAGGAGAUGGCAUCUCCAAGCCCCCCGCUGGAGCCAAAGGUCAGUUGCUACUUGGGGGAAAUUUCCGUUAUGUCGCUAGGGCAGCCAGGCCUCGCCACCACCUCUCCCCGCCCUGGUCUCCCGCCUGUGUACCCGGUGCUCAGGGGUACAGCUCACUGACCAACUGCCUGCUGGCUGGCUCCCCUUUUGCAAGAGCGACUUGAUAAAUCGGCUGGAGAAAAUUAAGAAUGUGAGCUCCUCCAGGAGGAAUGGGAUUAUCUGGACCCAGCUCAGAGAAGUCUGUAUAAAGAUGUCAUGAUGGAGAAUUAUGGAAACCUGGUCUCGCUGGAUGUUUUAAACAGAGAUAAGGAUGAUGAAGCAACUGUGAAGCAGGAGAUUGAAGAAAUUGAGGAAGAAGUGGAACCACAGGGUGUAAUACUUACAAGAAUCAAAAGUGAAAUUGACCAGGAACCAAUAGAUAGAGAAAGCUUUGAACUUGUUGGUAGGUUAGAUAAACAAAGAGGAAUCUUCUUAUGGGAAAUACCACGGGAAUCUUUGGCCCAGGAGGAGAAACUGUUUGGAGGACACACUAACAUUAUCCGCAAGAGACCAAACUCAGAAGAAAAGUGCCAUAAAUGUGAAGAAUGUGGAAAGGGUUUUGUCCGUAAGGCCCAUUUCAUCCAACAUCAGAGGGUUCAUACUGGUGAAAAGCCCUUUCAGUGCAAUGAGUGUGGGAAAAGUUUUAGUCGCAGUUCAUUUGUUAUUGAACAUCAGAGAAUCCACACUGGAGAAAGGCCCUAUGAAUGUAAUUACUGUGGGAAAACCUUUAGUGUGAGCUCAUCCCUCAUUAGGCAUCAAAGAAUCCACACUGGAGAAAGGCCUUAUCAGUGUAGUCAAUGCAAACAGAGCUUCAGCCACAGAAGGAGUAUUGUUAAACACCAGAGGAUUCACACAGGUGAAAAGCCCCAUAAAUGUAAUGACUGUGGGAAAACCUUCAGUUGGAAGUCACACCUUAUUGAGCAUCAGAGAACUCAUACAGGGGAGAAACCCUAUCACUGUACAAAAUGUAAGAAAAGUUUUAGCCGAAACUCAUUGCUUGUUGAACAUCAAAGAAUUCACACUGGGGAAAGACCUCAUAAAUGUGGUGAAUGUGGGAAAGCCUUUAGACUAAGUACAUACCUUAUACAACACCAAAAAAUCCACAGUGGUGAGAAGCCUUUUCUUUGUAUUGAAUGUGGGAAAAGUUUCAGUCGGAGCUCAUUUCUUAUUGAGCAUCAGAGGAUCCACACUGGUGAGCGACCUUAUCAAUGCAAAGAGUGUGGGAAAAGUUUCAGUCAACUUUGUAACCUUACUCGUCACCAGAGGAUCCACACAGGGGACAAACCUCAUAAGUGUGAGGAAUGUGGAAAAGCCUUCAGUAGAAGCUCAGGUCUUAUUCAGCAUCAGAGAAUACACACCAGAGAAAAGACUUUUCCAUACAAAAAUGAAGCUAAGGAAAGUGUUCAUCCAAAUGGUAGUCUUGUUAUACAACAGGAGGUCUAUACUAAGGAAAAGUCAUAUAAAUGUGAUGAGUGUGGGAAAACUUUCAGUGUUAGUGCUCAUCUUGUACAACAUCAAAGGAUUCACACCGGUGAAAAACCCUACCUUUGUACUGUUUGCGGGAAAAGCUUCAGUCGGAGCUCAUUUCUUAUUGAACAUCAGAGAAUACACACUGGUGAGAGACCCUAUCUGUGUAGACAGUGUGGCAAAAGCUUUAGCCAACUUUGUAAUCUUAUUCGACAUCAGGGUGUACACACAGGUAAUAAACCCCAUAAAUGUGAGGAGUGUGGGAAAGCCUUUAGCCGGAAUUCAGGUCUCACUCAACAUCAGAGAAUCCAUACCGGAGAGAAACCUUACAAGUGUGAGACAUGUGACAAAAGCUUCAGCCAACAGCGCAGCCUUAUCAACCAUCAGAAGAUCCAUGCACAGGUGAAUAUCCAAGAAGCCCAUGAAUGUGAUGCUUGUGGUGAAGCCUUCAGUUGUCAAAUCUCUCUAAUUCAGCAUCAGAAAUUGCAUACUACAUGGAUGCAGUCAGUGUAGAACAGUCUAUGUUCGGACUUGAGACAAGCUACCAAAGUGUAGUUUUAGUGUGGCUCAGCUUGUGUCAGACUUAGUGAUAAGGGAGAUUCUGCUUGGCCUCAUGCAAACACUUUCUUGAUACCCUAAAAAUUGUGGACAGUGCCAUGCGCAACUGACUUCCAAUUACCCCUUGUUAUCACAGUCACAGAGAACAACUUAAUUUCUCUAAACCUCUUUCUUUAAUCUUUCAUUGUAGAAGUUGAACCCAGGUGCAGAGCAUGUGAGAGAUGGUCUGCAGGACAAAAUUAAAUUAGUGCAGGGGGACUGGAAGCAGCUGACACUAGAAUAGUUGUUCAGAGUCUUCUGUUAUCAACUUCGAUCUGUAUUUUCCAGUACUGUCAUGUGUGGGUAUACAUGCCAAAGACCCAAGAUUAGACAUGUAAGCUGUGGGGCCUAAGUAUUUUUUAAUCAAGCACACAAAGUCUGGUCAUUAUUUCAGAGUAUCAGUUUGGCAUGAAAGUUCAUGAAAGGCAGCUGCAGUGCCUGAUGGUUCCCAUAUCAGUAAAAUAAAUAACUCAUUAAGUUUACAUAAAAAGAUCUUGUGGGUAAUUAACAGACUAAAGUGUUACCAAGGAAUCUUUGGGAGUGCCUUACCCUCUCAAGAUGGGCCCAAAGUGGUAGAUGAUACUGUUCUUUUGUGCCAUCCCAUCUGUGAAAGAUAUUUGUAAUACUAUAUGGAUAUAAGCUUAUCCCUGCAUAACCAGGAGCCUGUGAAAGUGAACAUAUUUUGGUUAUCAAGAAUUAGAAAUUAAAAAACCUAGAAUUUAUGCUAGGAAGAUGGGAUAUUUUGGUAUUGUUUUGAGUUUUUUGUGGCAACUACAUUUUGCAUGCAAUUUUAAAAUCCUUAUUUUCUGGCUCUAGGGCUUCUCUUACUUAAUGGUUGUUAUAAUAUUAUUUAUUCAUCUAUUUUAAUUAGUAAAACUAUUUGGUUUUUC